AUGGAUGCAUAUCCGCCCGAAUAUAUUGCCCACAACCUCCCGCUCAUAGUCCUCUCGGGCCUGGGGUCGACUCCGGAACUAGAGGCCAUCCCGCCCGUCCAAGAUGUGCUGCUAGGCCGCCGGUCAACACCCAUCAGCUCUGAACUCCCCCCCGUCACGGGACAGCGCGCAGACCAGCUUCUGCAGGAGUUUCUGAGCACCGAUGCAAGAGAUGCCGCCUGGAACAAUGUGACAGAGACUCGGAAGGGCGCCGUGAGAGGGUUCAGGAUCCGGCCUGUAGGGAGGGACUUCAUGCUGCCUCCUCGAAAGGCUGAUCCUCCCGAAAACCCAGAUGGCCUUUCUCCUCCUGGUAGCCCAACCGUCGCCCCUACGCCUACAUGGAUCCUCCACUCUCCGAUCUCACCGUUGUCGCCCGAGUCUGCAAUCUUUCCCGAUGGAGUCAUGUCGGUUGCGUGGACCAUGAAGCACCAGUACUAUAUACCGUCUUUCUUCAUAUCUUUCUUCGACUUCACGUCAGAUCCGAGUCGGAACAGCCUGCAUGACAAUCAGCUGAAGACAGAGAUCAACAAGAUCAAAGGACAGCUCCAGAUCUCAGAACAUAGGACCAGAUACGCUGUAGUGCUGAUAAGUGACAAGUCUAUUCUGGAGUCUACCGAUAUUGAAGAGAGGCUGUCCACCAUCAGGAGAGCGACGGGCUUGGAUGCUACGAAAGGCCUUUUUUUCCUGCCUCCAAAUAGCUCACGCGUGGAGCUUGCUUCAUUCGCCCAGAUGAUUGUCACCACACUAAAGCCCUUGACUACAGAGUACUACCGUGACCUGACAAAACAUGCCAGGCGGAAAAAGGGGCGCAGCCAAAUACCAGCACCGACCGCACCGCCAACUAGAGGCACUUCACAGACUCUGGCACAACAGGGCUGGGCAGUCCGUUAUGACUUCAAGCUAGGGAUCUUCGCCGAAUUUCGCCAGGAAAUGGAUGCUGCGCAGAGGCAUUAUCAGUCUGCGCUAGACAAUCUUUUUGGACCCGACGGUGUGUUCGAAACAACUGCCAAUUGGUCGCCAAGAUGGGACGAAAAUCGAUUACUAGCGGAUGCUAUUGCUAUUCGGAAUAUUCGGUGUCUUCUCUGGAACAAGCUACCUACUGCAGCGGUCCAGGCGUGGCUAAUCUACAAGAGCAGAGUGCGGUCCCUCUUAGAUCGGCGAGGAAAGGGGACUGCUAAUUAUGGCUGGGAAGCUUGGGAGUCGAGAUGGGCGAAGGCUAUGUCACAGCUUAUUCAGAGGGCAGAGAUGCCUAUCUUCGCUGUGAAAGAUUCCCCCCAAGACUCCAGCGUCGUGUCUGACCGCCCUUUCACCCUAUUCUCACCCCCAGAGAAAGUCGGAAUAUCGCAGGGCGAGAGAUUAUCACCUUGGCAUCUUCUUCACCACUCAGGAUACUGGCUUAGGCUAUCCGCUAAACAUGCUCAAAAGCGUAGAUUACUCGCUGAAGAUAUCCCAGACGAAGACCGUACGCCCCCAGGUCUUUCUCCCGCUACGCAGGUCAGCCACCGGUACACUACUUACGAUCACUAUCUCGUCCCGGAGCCGCAUGUGGAAUAUGCCUUACCCGAAAACAAAGGCUACGAUCACUGCAGCGAGAUCAUUGAUAUUAUGAACCAAGCUGCACAAGAGUUCUUCAUGCGAGGACAGUAUCGUGUUGUCGACCAAUUGAACCUUGAUACCGCAAAAGAGCUUAUUCACGCCAAGAGAUACGCCGAUGCAGAGAGCGUGCUCAGGCCCUUGUGGGAAGGAAUGAUCUGGCGGAAAGAGAGGUGGUACCCUCUUGUUGGUGAGGCGACUUGGGCGCUUCGAGAGUGUGCCAUGCGUGUGCAAGAUCCCGAGAUCUUACUCGCUACUGAAUGGGAGCUCCUUUCUAGUGCUUUACCACCCAAAUUAGGGCACUCGCAUAACUUGAUGACUUGUCUGGACGCAUUUCCUGUUGAAGAAGGUGGAAAGCCCACCGUGACAGUUAGUGCUGACAAGAUCGUAUCUUGCCUUGCGAUUACAUUCACAUUUUUUGAGGGAGAUGGGAAUGUCGGCGAGCCUCUGCCCUCGCAGAUCGCCGUGACAUCGAAUGCCCGAUUAGAAUCUGCACCGCUUACACUAUCGAAAAUUAUGAUUCGGUUCAAAGGCUGCCUCAGCGAGGUUCAGCUUCUACAUACAGCCUCUACUUCAGAGAGAAGUGACGGUCCUGCACACUACUCCGUCAUAAAACAACUCGACCUCGAAGAGACGGCUGCAAGCUCCCGGUCGGAUCAGAAACCACUCUGGAGCGGCGGUUCGGACCUGACAAUAUAUCCUGGACAGACCAAAGUAUUUGCAUUUGCCAUUACGUUUCGCGAUGCCGGCGAGGUGAAUGUUCUCGGUAGUAUAUUAGAGAUAGAAACGGAACGCUUCAACCUGGUGUGCUCCUCAACAAUGAACGAAGGCGAUGUCCUACCCUCCUGGUGGAUUAAAGGAUCUUCCACCAUCAAAGCAAAGAAGCUUAGCAGAACAUCUGGCAUAUUCGCUCAGAUACAUCCGAAGCCUCCUAAAAUGGAAAUUGCCCUUCCGAAUCUUCUGGAUCACUACUACACUGAUGAAGCCGUAACACUUGACAUCGAAAUCAUCAACAAGGAAGAAGAGACUACUGAAGCGGUUCUGGAGGUCAGGCUCCUCGGACUGUCAACAGACACGCUAGAGUACUCUUGGGUGCCCAAUGCGAACUCCGCAAAUAAAGAACCUGUCAAAAUCCCAGCUAGCGAUUCCGACUCUCAGAUCGAGCUUCCAGGGCAUGUCGUUGGUCGACUAGAACGGAACGCGAGACGGACAGAAACGAUCAAGUUCAAAGCGCCUGACAUUCCUUCCGGAUAUGCUCUCGAGAUCAAAGUGUUGUACCAUCUUCUCAGCGACGAAGACAUUCCAAUAUCAAAGACGCUCACCACAGAUCUCGUAUUCGAUGGUCCCUUCGAAGCCAGUUACGAAUUCUCACCCCGAGUUCAUCCUGAUCCAUGGCCGAGCAUGUUUGAAGUUCAUGAAGGCGAAACUGGCGAUGCUGUGUCGGGUGUCGCUGGUGGCAUUGCCCAGAGAUGGCAUUUGAAGGCUAAGGUCGCUUCAUUCGCCGAAGAAGUGCUGAUUAUUGAAGAGACGGGUCUGGAGCUGCAUGAAAUUCACGGCGGCGCCGUCUGCGAUAUAUCCAAGGAGUUCCCCUCUGAAGGCAUUGAUAUCCUUCCCCAAGAACUUCAGGAGCGAUCGUUCAGCCUCGACAUGCGUAAGAUCAAGUUCGAAGAGCGUCGAUCAGCAGCUCUCGACAUGGGUCUCAGCAUCACCUGGAGGCGGAAGUCGGAGAACAACUCGGAUAGCCCUGCCAUCACAUCCGUGCUUGCAAUGCCCCGUCUCCACCUCCCUAGCAGCGAGCCACGCGUCCUAGCUAGUGUCACACAGUCUUUGACUGUCCAGUCUUUCCUGACUCUGCACCUCGACUAUACCUUGGAGAACCCGACGACGCACUCUCUCACAUUCGAGGUUAGCAUGGAAGCGAGCGAAGACUUCGCGUUCGCCGGCUCGAAACUUCAAAGCUUGAUCAUGUUACCGUUCAGCAGGCAGACAGUGCACUACAACCUCGUGCCUAUGGUCAAGGGUGCCUGGAUCAUGCCGCAGUUGAGGGUGGUGGAUCGGUACUUCAAUAAGACGCUGAAGAUCCAGCCGACGGGCGACAUUAAGAUGGACAAGAAGGGCAUUUUGAUCUGGGUUGACGAUGACGAAUGAGUCCGGCAAUUAAACGGUUUGGGUAGUUCACUGUUGUGUUUGCUACCUGCUUCAUGUAAUGAGAAUUGCGAGGCGUUGUAGAGAGGGACAUUUCCGUGACGGCAUUGGUUUUGGUGGAGUCAAUUGCGAGUGGCUAGGCGUCUACAUCAACAUGGGAGCUAUGGCAUACUAAACGACCAUUGCCUUUCCCGUAAUGCUCCAAAAAUCGUGGCGCAGGCUGUGAUGAACUUGGUCGAAAGGGGCUGAUGACUUAUUACCCGGUAACGCUCUCCUUCUAUAUGUCUACAGUGCUACUUCCCGACCUUCUAUAUCGGACCUUCUUUUGUAUGCGACAACCUCCAGAUCAAUAGCCAUUAGCAGGCCCCUCCACAGAUUAUCUGCCAAGUCCUAUCUGAUGCUAUCACAUACCGUCCUGAUUCUCCCUUCCUCCUCUUCUUCCU